AUGGACAUGCUUGACUUACAAUGCAUCAUCUUACCCCGUCAUCAGAGAAGACGAUGUAGAGCAUCGACGGGGUACUUAGGAGUACGAAGGAGACCAUCGGGACGUUAUGCGGCAGAGAUUAGAAACCCUUCUACUAAAAAAAGACAUUGGUUAGGCACAUUUGAUACACCAGAAGAAGCAGCAGUGGCUUAUGACAUGUCAUCAAUCACCUUUAGAGGUAUCAAGAAAGCUCAGACUAAUUUUUGCUAUGAGUUUCUCACUAUGCCUUCUCCACCACGUCCAUCACCACCUCCAUCACCUCUUCCUUCAGAAAAGGAGAAGGAAUAUUGUUCUGAAGAUAACUUGGAGAUUAAUGAUGAUCAUGAUCAUUUAGUUGAUAGAGAUGACGAUGAUUGGAUCAAUAUUACCACCAUUUUACUGAAUCCAUCCCCUUGCUGUGAGAGAUGGCGUAGCAAAUUCUCUUGCCUCGCACCUUCAUUUCCCUCGCCUCCGCUAUGCGCUGGAUUCUUCGCUCGAUCACCGCUCAUCCCCGCAAGACUCUUCAACGCUGCUGCUAACGCCCCUCUACUCAUCCGCUCUCGCUCGUGGGAGAUGGCGAUCGAAUGA